AUGAUAGAUGAAGAAACUGACUCUGGCUCUCAACGAGAUCUAUUUCAUAUUGACAUCCCUAUAGAUGACCUUCUUAUCAAAGACUUUCCAUUUGAAAUUUCACCUAGAAAAACCCAAUCACCUACAGCUUCCUCACGAAAUGCCCACAAAUCAUCAGAGCCAGCACUGGCUGAUUUUUUCUGUACAUGUUCUCUAUGUAAUUUACAAAGCAAAGGCAAAGCUAAUUUUAAAUUAACCCACGACCAAGAAAAAGAUGAUAUCGCCACAUAUGAAGGCAAAGAAAAAAGCUUCAGCUGGCUACUUGAACAAUUAGGAGAAGCAAGCUCACAAGCCCUUAUAAAAAUUAAUAUACCUGAAACCAUUGUAUAUAGAAAAGCUAAGCCAAAAUUUAUGAUCCAGCAAGGCAGAGACCGAGCUUUAAAAUUUAUCACAUCAGCUGCCAAGCUAAAAAAUCCAGAAAUAAGGAAAAAUUUUACCUUCCUUGUAAGGCAGAGAAAACGAGAUGAUUCGCCAACUUCUCCUGUGAAAUUUUACAAAGGCCCUUCAUCACCUUUUAUAAUAGAUCACAGGUAUGGCCAUGAAAUAGUGCUAGUCAGAUAUAUGCUAAAAGAUAAAGAAAACGAUAUUUCUCAUAUUGCAGCUUCAGAUGAAGAUGGACCAUUACGGGUUAUGUUUGAAAAUGAAUUUGUUGAUUUAAUGUAUGAAAGGCCAGGAAGCCCAAUAUGAAAAACAAUUUCUUAUAUACAGACAGUAAUAAAAUGCAAAGCAGGGAUAUCAGAACCUUUUAUAGUAACAUAUUAUUCACAUGAGGCUAAUGACAGAGAAGCCAUUCUUGCUUUACAAAAAGCAGGCCAAGAUGAUGAUGAAAUUGCUGAAGAAAAACUUUCUGAUAACAACAUAAAUGAUUAUUGUUUAUUUAUAUGCCGAAGAAUUGCGUAUUUUCUUGCAACUUAUUCACAAAAAGAAGUCCUUAGAAUUAAAGCGGAAUUUAUGAAAGAUGAUAAUGGAAAAGUAUGGUUUACAUAUGCAACUAAAAUAUCAGUAAGAGAUAUCGCUAUGAAUAACAGAGACAAAGAGCUUCUUUUUAAAAGGGUUGGCUUGACUAAUGUGCAGAGCAAAGAAAAAUUAAAUGAAGAACUACAAAAAUUCCAAAACGAGCCUCCAAAGCUGAUACACCAGACGCGCAUGUCAAAAGUAAUGACAUGCCAUUAUGAAGAAAUCAAAAAAGAAAUGGGAAUUGACAAGCUUUUUGAGCCUGAGCCACAAGAUAAAGUAUCAAAUGACGCUUUUGCGAAGUUAAGACCUAUGACGCCAUAUUCAUUGCAGCAGCUAUAAGGGUUUGAGUGAAAAAAUUUAACGUAAUUUUUUCCUUCAAUUUUUUUUUAAUCAAAGUGACUGUAAAAAUAAUUUCUAAAAAUCUGCAAAAAUUUUUUCCAAUUCCAUUUUUGCUUUUCACUGAUAUAAAAAACAUGAAAAAUUAUUUUUACAGUCACUUUUAACUGAAAGGAAAAAACUCCAUGAAGUUUUUUCUACCAAACCCAGCUAUUAGACCCUAGAGCUUCAAGAUCAAUCACCAAAAAAUACCUCUACAGUGAUAGCCGCAUCCAGACAAAGAAAAAAAACUCUUCGUUGACGUCUACAACGAAGCCUACAAAAUCAUUACACAGGCAAACCGCUUCAUUAUCCUCACUUCCAACUAAGCAAGUUUCAUGAGUUUAUAACCCAAAAGUCUUACAAGUCAACCCUCCACCUCUGAUCAGGCAUAGAUCUCGCCUUUCUUUAAAUUUUCAAUCAUGAUUAUAA